ACAUACAACUCGAGCCCGGCAACAAAACAGUCGGACGUAUUUCCGCCCUCCGACAGCAGAUGGCACGCAGUGGGAGCAAAGAAAGUAACAGGGAUACCAGGGAAAAUCCACACAGACCCAAUAAUCGACCCGCGAGCAAUCAGGGAAGAAAAGAAGCACGAGGACCUACUGUGGGACAUGGAGACAAUCAGGAUCCAGACUGCAGAAAACUGUCAGAAAAACAACCUGGACAACGACACCUUGAUACAGGAGGCGAAACAGAUCCUGGAGCACCGCCACCCCAAACCAGAGAUCGCCCCCGCUCUCAAACGGAAUGCCUCCCCUCCCUCCAAAGGGUGCCAAGAGGACAGAGCAGGAAAGAAGAGGAGAGGGACGGAGGAAGGGUCAAGCAAGAACCUCAGCACCGAACAGACACUCACAAACAACACUCCCCCCCCCCGGGGCAGACCCGAACUCCCCAGCAAACUCCCGAACAGAAAUGGACAUCUCCCCAACCAAAGCAAAUCCCCUCCCAUGGCUCGAGGAGUACUUGCAGAGAGCGAAGUACGAAAGGGAAAAGGAGUUCGACGUCAGGCUGGCCUGCAUGAAACACUAUGAGAAAACAGGGAAGCCGGCCUCCAGCAAAACUGUGGCCAGGAUCCCCGCCUCCAAGAACUUCUUCGACCUACUGCGACAGAACUCCGAACUCUCGGAGUUCAGCGCAUUCAGAUACUUUAAAAAAAAGAGAGAGAGGGAGUCUGCAGGAACGAACAUUGACAUAGGCUUCGAUCCUCAAACAUCAACAGACUCUAUUCGUGACAUGGUUUCCAAGAAUUGGAAACCAUCCAAAGGAAGAGACGAGAGGCCAAGGGGUCCCCGCAGAGACGAAGCAGGCAACAAAAACGAACAGCGCCGCCUCACGCAGAAAAUCGCAACAGUGGCAACGCAGACGAAAAGACUGUUUGACCAGAACCAAGACUACAGGAGAGAACAAGGAGAAAAGUUCAUCACAGUUCGAAUUAUAGCGGAGAACAAGGCCCCCAAAGCCACAAAAUCGGCAAACACAGACAGGGAGACCAUCAGGCCAGUGAGGCCGCUGAUCCCAGUUCGGUUCAAAAGCAAAUUUAACGAGUGGAAGGUGGCCACGGACGCAUCGUUCACAUUCCCUACCCUCGACGAUGACAGAGCCCCGACUACGAGCAUCAGGGACAAUAUCUCAGCAGAAUCCCCGCUGGGGGUGUACGGGAUCCCUCCAAGAGAAAUGACAACCGACGGGGAGACCGUGGAAGACCCGAUCCUCACCCCUUUUGACCCCUUCCUGGUCAAACUCGAGGAGAAAGAAAAACUCAGCGAAGGCCUGACAUGGAGGGCAUGGAACACGAUCACAGUGCUCCCAUACAACGUGUUGAAUGGGCGAUUCAGCACGACCGAUAUCAUCGCUGAUUCGCUGGCUGAUAUCAUCAGAACCCAUCUCCUGACUUCGAAGACCUCACUGCAAGAUGAGGCUACCCCCAUAGAGGUGGACACGGGGAGGGAAGAAGAAGAGAUGGAGAGCGAAGACGAAGAGGAAGAGGGAAUGGUCUUGGGGGACAAGAUAUCCCCAGGGGGAGACGGGGAAAGUUCAGCAGUCGACAGAGAAUAGUGCAGGUGCAUACAGCUUGGGCUCCACUUAGCAAAGGAGGACAGCAAGGACUCAGACACCGAGAGCAGCAAGACCGAGGCAGCAGUGGACUGAAUCAAACACCGCAAUGAUU